UCUUUGCUCUGCUAUCCAAUGACAUCCAGUGGCUGAGAGUUUGAAGCUGAUGGUUGGGUCUCCUUAGUGCUGCAUACACACCUGACAGGCAGCUGUUAAACUGAGCAAAGGCAAGCUUGGGGAGUCACAAUCUAUGCAUAAAUGAUAGGGGUCUCUCUGCUGAAGGUGCGAAAGAAGCUCUGACCUUCUCCCCUGAAUCCCCCCUUCCCAAAUGAAAUGCACAGUGCAGCUAGCUUCUUAACUACACUACACUCCUGCUACUGGCUGCCAAGAGGCUCAAAAAAUCCACCUUCACUUUUCAGUCAGAAGAGGCAGAAGUGGAUGUGAGAGACAGACACACACAGAGACACAGAGAGCGAAAGAGGGCAAGAGACUUGACUUUAAGAGACUCCUGCACUGACAACUCCAUGCAGUUCGGAACAAGAACGGCAGCGACCGACUCUGGUUUCAUGGGGACAUGGCAGAACACUGACACUAACCUCUUAUUCAGAAUGUCCCAACAGGCCAUCCGCUGUACACUGGUAAAUUGCACAUGUGAAUGUUUUCAGCCAGGGAAGAUUAACCUGAGAACCUGUGAUCAGUGUAAACAUGGCUGGGUGGCACAUGCCUUGGACAAACUUAGUACUCAGCACCUCUACCACCCAACCCAAGUGGAGAUUGUGCAGUCCAAUGUUGUGUUUGACAUCAGCAGCCUGAUGCUCUACGGUACUCAGGCUGUGCCUGUGAGACUGAAGAUACUGCUUGACCGACUCUUCAGUGUACUGAAGCAAGAGGAGGUGUUGCAUAUUCUACAUGGCUUAGGCUGGACACUUCGAGACUAUGUUCGAGGCUACAUUCUUCAGGAUGCUGCAGGCAAGGUGCUGGACCGCUGGGCCAUCAUGUCCAGGGAAGAAGAGAUCAUUACCCUUCAGCAGUUCCUGAGAUUUGGAGAAACGAAAUCUAUCGUGGAGCUGAUGGCAAUUCAAGAAAAAGAAGGGCAGGCUGUGGCUGUGCCAUCUUCAAAGACAGAUUCAGAUAUAAGGACUUUUAUUGAAAGCAAUAAUCGCACCAGGAGCCCAAGUCUCCUUGCUCACCUGGAGAAUAGCAACCCUUCAAGCAUUCAUCAUUUUGAAAACAUCCCGAAUAGCCUUGCAUUCCUGCUUCCAUUCCAAUACAUAAAUCCAGUCUCUGCUCCACUGCUGGGGCUGCCUCCAAAUGGCCUCCUGCUGGAACAGCCAGCAAUGAGGCUCCGUGAACCAAGCCUUACAACCCAAAAUGAAUAUAAUGAGAGCAGUGAAUCUGAAGUUUCCCCUACGCCUUUCAAGAAUGAGCAAGCAUCCAGCAGGAAUGCUUUGACCAGUAUCACAAAUGUGGAGCCCAAAACUGAGCCAGCCUGUGUCUCUCCUGUUCAAACACCUACACCAGUCAAUGACUUAUCGAAAACUGAGCACACAAAAAGCUCAUUCCGAAUUCACAGAAUGAGGAGAAUGGGGUCAGCCUCAAGGAAAGGAAGAGUGUUUUGCAAUGCAUGUGGCAAAACAUUCUAUGACAAAGGUACUCUUAAAAUCCACUACAAUGCUGUGCACCUGAAAAUCAAGCAUCGAUGCACUAUUGAAGGCUGCAAUAUGGUCUUCAGCUCUCUUAGAAGCCGCAAUCGCCACAGUGCUAACCCAAAUCCUCGCCUACACAUGCCUAUGCUAAGGAAUAACCGUGACAAAGAUCUAAUUCGCGCUACAUCAGGUGCUGCCACUCCUGUCAUAGCAAGUACAAAAUCCAACCUCACUUUAACAAGCCCUGGACGUCCACCGAUGGGGUUUACCACUCCCCCUCUAGACCCGGUACUACAGAACCCUCUUCCCAGUCAGCUGGUCUUCCCAGCUUUAAAGACUGUUCAACCUGUUCCUCCUUUUUACAGAAAUUUACUUACUCCUGGAGAGAUGGUGAGUCCUCCAACCUCACUCCCAACCAGUCCCAUAAUACCAGCUGUGAGUGGCAUGGAGCAGCAUCCCCCUCCUCCUUCGGAGUCAUCGGUACCUUCAGUGUUGAUGCCCACCCCAGAGCCCAAUGCAGACCUUGCCCCCAAGAAGAAGCCAAGGAAGUCAAGCAUGCCAGUUAAAAUUGAAAAGGAAGUUAUUGACACUGCUGAUGAGUUUGAUGAUGAAGAUGAAGAGGUGAAUGACAGGAGCACAAUGGUGAAUGACAUUGGUCAUGACAAUCACUGCCAUUCUCAGGAGGAAAUGAGCCCAGGCCUGUCUGUGAAAGACUUUUCCAAAAGUGACAGAAACAGAUGUAUGUCCAGACCAGACAUAAGAAGGGCAGACAGCAUGACAUCAGAAGACCAGGAGCAUGAAAGAGAUUAUGAAAAUGAGUCAGAGUCAUCAGAGCCCAAAUUGUGUGAAGAAUCACUGGAGGGUGAUGAUCGCCUCCAUGAACCUGGUGAAAAAUCUAUGAUGCACAGUGACCGACCAGAUGAAAACCACAAUGACUCUUCCAACCAGGAUGUCAUUAAAGUGAAGGAAGAGUACACAGACCCUACAUAUGAUAUGUUCUAUAUGAGCCAAUAUGGACUGUACAAUGGAAGCAGUGCCAGUAUGGCUGCUCUUCAUGAAAGUUUUGCUUCGACAUUCAACUACAGCAGCCCUCAGAAGUUCUCCCCAGAAGGUGAAAUGUGCUCCAGCCCAGACCCCAAGAUCUGCUAUGUUUGCAAGAAAAGUUUCAAGAGUUCCUACAGUGUGAAGCUUCACUACCGAAACGUUCAUUUAAAAGAGAUGCAUGUCUGCACAGUGGCUGGCUGUAAUGCUGCGUUCCCAUCACGGAGAAGCAGAGACAGACACAGUGCUAACAUAAACCUGCACCGUAAACUGUUGACCAAAGAACUGGAUGACAUGGGCUUGGACACUUCACAGCCUUCUCUUAGUAAGGACCUCCGCGAUGAAUUUUUGGUGAAGAUAUAUGGCGCUCAGCAUCAGAUGGGGCUUGACAUAAGGGAAGACACCUCCUCGCCUGCUGGUACUGAGGAUUCCCACAUGAAUGGGUACGGCAGGGGCAUGGCAGAAGACUAUAUGGUACUAGACUUGAGCACCACCUCCAGCAUCCAGUCCAGCAGCAGUAUCCAUUCCUCAAGAGAAUCUGACGCAGGAAGCGAUGAGGGUAUUCUCCUGGACGACGUCGAUGGGGCAAGUGACAGCGGGGAAUCUGCCCACAAAGCAGAUGCCCCUGCCUUAGCUGUAGGUAUGGGCACCGAUGUCCCAGGAUCCCUCAUGUUCAACAGCGUUUCGAAGCUACAAGGGUGAAACCAGCAGACAAAUUCCUGAGGCCUGUUUGUAUCAGAAGUCUAAAGGCUGAGCCCAGACUCUGCUCCCCUGUCAACUCCAUGUGUACAUGGCACUGACGGAGGUUGAAGCAGCCGGAUGAGCUGACCUGCGAUGAUGAGCUUGGGCAGCCUUUCUUGCUGUACCGUUUCCAAGGCUGUUUGUGGAAACUGAGGACUUUCUGAUCGAAGAAAUCAUUUGUGUCCUUUGUGUGUGUUUGUGAAUAUCUGUGUGAGUGUGAAUGUGACUGACGAGGAGAAACAGACACAGUGUUAGAACAAGGAGCCUUAAAAAUGAAGAUUACAAAUGAGCAAAAUUACAUCAUUUCCAUCACACUUACAUAGGUGUAUAUGUAUAUAUAUAUAUAUAUAUAUAUUUGACAUGCAUUUAAAAGAACAGGAAGAGUCAGGUAGCAAAUGUCUAAUGUGUACAGAGAUUUUUCUGGUGUUCUACAGAUUUUGUACAUUGCUCCCUUCAAACCUUUGGAGACAAAAUAUUUUAGGAAAAUUAAGAAAAGCAUCCAAGGCAAUUAUAUUUCUAGAGAAGAAAGCGAGUGCAAGACUAGCUAAGUGAUGCAUAAAGAUUUUAUAAGGCAUCCAUUGUCAAACAAAAGGUUGAGAAUGAUCAGAGGAUAAUGCACAGUUAGGAUGGCAAACUCAUCAAUAGUUAAUCACAACCUGUCCACUUCUGCCACGAAAUGCAGGAGGCUAUGAACAGCAGCUCUGGGGCACCAGUGGCAGUUGUGAUGCCAUGUGUCCAUGCCUGAGUGUGGGAGCAUUAUGCAGUCGUCACAUCCAGAUCAAGAUGUUUUCACAUCCUCAUCCCCCCACCACCUCCUGUAUUGAUGGGGCAGAAUGCAUUCCCCCCCACCCCCCAAUUACAUCUGUGAAAUGAAAUUAUACCACAUUGUAUAAUUACAUGUAGUAGCCACAUGAACUGUGAUUCUAAGGAUAUUCUUCUUAGUUUAUCUGAUGACCUACAGAAUAAAAAGGGACACCUAAGCUGUACAAAGGCAGAUUUAUUCAUUAUUUUUCAAUUAUACUUUUACAUUUGGAUUUUUUUUAAGUAUUUUUUUUAACAAACACCUGUACAAUCUUCAGCCAUUGUCUUUAAUUUUCCCAUUUCCUUUACCACCCCUUCUCCUUUCAUCCCAAGAGAGUAUCUCAUUAAAAUUCUCUCAGAAAAGUAACACAUCCUCCUAGUGUUCUUCAUUUUGGAAAGUUUUAUGCAUUCCAUCUGUGAAAAUGGUUACUGUUUGUAAAGUGGCAAGAUUAAUAAAAUGGCCACUGUUAUGUGUGUGUGUUUCAUUUAGCUAUUUAAAAAUACAAAAUUCAGCAUGCUGCUUUUUCUUGUGCAAACUUUGGUUCCUAUAUGAAAUGGGACUCCUUUCCCAGAACAUGGCUUAUUUUUGAUGGGCAGCAUUUGUGCUCUCAUUCAUGCCUCCUGCCUGUUCUCCAGUUUAUAGGAAUGAUCUGCGUUCCAGUGCAAUGGAUGUGCAACAGGUGUGCAAAUAAGUUGAUCUGAACCUGAACACAAUCGAAAUUUACCCUUGCUGAAAUUCCACAUGCUUUUACUUACCACAAAUAGUUCACUGCAAUCUGCUUAUACCUAUAAAAAUAACUCAUUGUAGGGAUGGCUGAAGCAGUUUGAAGUUUCAUUGUUAGACUGAAGGCUCUUGCUCACUGUCACUGUUGACAUUUUAACAGCUUUUAACAUAGAAGGUCAAACACAGUGAUUUCCUAUAUAGCUGUCUGCUGUGUUUUAGUUCUCCUGAACUAGAAAGAUGGGAACCUGACUGCGGGUUCACAUGGAGAUAUAAACUGAGAUAAACUGGAUUUGAACCUUCAAGUAUUUGGAAGAUCUUAGGGGUCUUGGCAGUGUGUUCAGUCACAGAGGCAUAAAGCCUGGAAACCCCUUUUUCAGUAGGCAUGGGAGGGCUCACACAGCCUGGCUGCAACUCCCUGUGGUAACCAGCGAUGCACCAGCAGCAGCACAGGGGCUGCUGUGUAGAGAAUGGAGAGCUUGCUGAUGGCUGGCAAAGCUGGGCUUGUUCCAGUGGACUUUGUCAAGACGUGUUCCUGGGGUACCCCAGCCAGGCACAGGAAAGAGUGGAGCCAAGGCCUGAUGGACAUUUUUACAAAGGUCUUUCUCUGUUGGGAAUAGAGGAGGCUUUUCAUUUUCACUCUUUGAUCUCAAUCUGAGCAAAACAUGAAUGCUCUGCUGUCCUGCCUGCAGAACCAAAGCAUGCACUAUGGAACAUAGCUGUACAAGGGGAUAUGAAAAUUUGCAUCAUGUUGAUCUAAUAAUCGUGACAUUAGUAGCUUCAUAAAUAUUGUAUGUAGUCUAAACAAGUUUUUUCCAUUAGUAAUCUGAGGGAAUUAAAAGUCCAGUUUUAAUUUGACAUUUCUUUUCUUGUAUUUUCUGUACUGUAACAGUCCUACAAUAUGUCUUUUGCAUAAAAUGCAUAAGGUUUUGGGGAUAUAAAUGGAGUUUUACUCAUACUUUGUCCAAAUACCUCUUGUAAUUUGUAUCAAAAUUCUUGUACAAUUUUUAUAUUAAAGAUUUAUCAGUCACUGA